AUGGGGGAUAUCUUAACCCGUGCUGGGAUGUCUGACUGCAAACCCCUGGCAACACCAGCUGCGGUAACCCAGUCGGCUACCCCGUCAGAUCACCUGUUCGACAACCCAACUCAGUAUCGUCGGCUCGUCGGGGCUCUACAGUAUCUAACAAUCACUCGGUCGGAUCUCUCCUUCACCGUGAACCAGCUUUGUCAGUUUAUGCAUUCCCCCACCGAUGAUCAUUGGGGAUUGCUGAAACAAGUCUUGCGAUAUGUUAAAGGCACACAUGACUAUGGUUUACAUCUCUUGGGUUCGGCAUAUUCUGACAUUCAUGCAUUCCCAGAUUCAGACUGGGCCGGUUGCCCGGUCGACAGGAAGUCUGCCAGUGGUUAUGCAGUGUUCCUCGGGUCUAACCUCAUCUCCUGGGUCUCGCGCAAGUAG